AAAAGAUGAUCGAUCCUUGUUUUGUCCGAACAAAAUGGUCCGAGCCCAAGAGGGUGCUUCGCUGUACAUACGUGGGAUGUUCUUAACGUGAAGGGAAGUACUGGAGAUGAACCCGUUCUGCAUCAUUCGCUCUUCAUCCAGCAGUCAACCAUGGCUGGAAGGAAAGGUCAUGCUCACUCAGCCUCUGAGCCUAUAAUGCUCCAGCCUCUCGACAAGACUCAGAAAAAGAACCAGUACUACGACGAAGAUGCUACACGGGUCAGCAAUAGGAUCGACGAGGAAAUCAGGAGAGAGUCCGCUAGAAGGAAGGAGUCACAGAAGAGAGAAGUAAAGGUCAUGCUUCUUGGACAGGCAGAGUCAGGCAAGUCCACGCUGCAGAAGCAGUUCCAGCUGUAUUACGCCUACCAGACACUCGACCGCGAGCGGCCUUCAUGGCGUCCUGUCGUAUACUUCAACGUUAUCAAGGCCGUUCGCAUGAUCCUCGAUGAAGUAGACUACGAGCUUGCAUCAGCAGCCAACGAGGUUCCAAUAGCCCAUGCCCUCGCUCCUCUCGGAAAUAUUGUCGGAGAAAUAGCGCAACUUCGUAGCAAAUUGCUUCCUCUUGUUGCGAUCGAGGACUCGCUAGCAUCUGAACUUAGUGGCGGGAUAUCUCUUUCUGGAGGGAAAACUGGUGCUUUUGUCCGCGCGGGAUGGCAAGGUCUUGUUCUACCAAGUCGUAGUCGGUCAUAUACCGACUCGCGAAACGCCUCUGAUCCCAAGGCUGCCGCCAACUCUGCUCAUGUCACGAACCUAGCUUCCAGGACGCUUGCGACUGCACACGAUGAUAUAGACGAGCUAUGGAAGCAUCCUGCUGUGAGAGUUCUCUUGAACAAUCGCAAGUUGCGACUAGACGAAUCUGCCUCUUUCUUCUUGGACAACGUCCACCGUGUUUCGGAACCAGACUAUUUACCUUCUACCGACGACAUUCUGAACGUUCGCCUGCAGACUCUGGGAGUGUCGGAACAUGCCUUUGAUAUAAGUCUUUAUGGUGCACGGUACCUCUGGCUUAUGUAUGACGUCGGUGGUGCAAGAGGACAGAGGCACACGUGGGUACCAUACUUUGAUGAUGCUACUGCUAUUAUCUUCCUUGCGCCCAUCAGCGCUUUCGACCAGUACCUGGAGGAAGACACUCGAACAAAUAGGAUCGACGACUCUUUGCAGUUGUUUACAGCUAUAUGUUCCAAUAAGCUGCUCAAGAAUUCCCACUUGGUGCUGCUCCUGAACAAGGCUGACUUAUUAAAGAAGAAGCUUCAAGAUGGCGUCCAUGUUCGAAAAUACAUUACCUCUUACGGAGAUAGGCCAAACACAUACGAGGAAGUGUCGGAAUAUUUCAGAGCACACUUUAUUCAGGUCCACAAAAGAAACGACAUCUCCCAUCGCUCUCUAUACAUUCACUUCACUUCAAUGCUGGAUAUCAGAGCUACUCAAAAUAUUAUUGUUAACGUGGGAGAGGCUGUUAUCCGUUCUCAUGUAGCUAAAACUGGACUCGUUUGAUCAUUUCCUCUUGUUUCUGGUAGCUUCCUUCAUACUCCUAACGAUCUUUUUAGACAGUUCACUUUGGUUUGGUAGUGAUUAUUUAAUGCCCAUUUACAUAGGUUUACUCUUACAUUAUCUCCCCUUAUCCGAUUUACGAUUGCAUGCAUUACUACGAUAUAUACUGGAUCGCUAUCGCACAAUCCAGUAGUUUCUUGACUUCUCC